AUGACUGCGAUCGCAAACGCGUGUCUGUCCUGUCUAUCGGCAGUCGACCGCUGGUGUCAUAUCACGGCCUGUCUUGGUCCUGUCGGAGGUCGCUCGCGAGAUGGAAUUUAUGAGACAACGCUAGCAGACAAUGAGCGGGAGGCCGUAUCCGACCUGCUCGGUUACUUGGAGAACCGAGCCGAAACCGACUUCUUCUCCGGCGAGCCUCUUCGCGCCCUGAGCACCUUGGUUUAUUCUGAUAAUGUGGACCUUCAACGAAGUGCUAGCCUGACUUUCGCUGAGAUAACUGAGCGAGAUGUGCGCGAAGUCGACCGGGACACGCUCGAGCCUAUCCUCUUCCUGUUACAGAGCUCGGACAUUGAAGUUCAAAGGGCUGCUAGCGCAGCUCUCGGAAAUCUUGCCGUCAACGCCGAGAACAAGGUGCUCAUUGUUGCCCUGGGAGGGCUGGCUCCUCUCAUACGUCAGAUGAUGUCGCCCAACGUCGAGGUCCAAUGCAAUGCGGUCGGUUGUAUCACCAAUCUAGCGACUCAUGAGGACAACAAGGCCAAGAUUGCUCGGUCGGGAGCUCUAGGUCCAUUGAUCCGUCUAGCAAAAUCCAAGGACAUGCGUGUACAACGUAAUGCCACUGGAGCGCUUUUGAAUAUGACGCAUUCAGAUGACAACCGACAGCAACUCGUCAAUGCCGGUGCAAUCCCUGUGCUUGUUCAAUUGCUCUCCUCUCCUGACGUCGAUGUACAAUACUACUGCACAACUGCCCUCAGCAAUAUCGCUGUCGAUGCUUCGAAUCGCAAGCGGCUCGCCCAGACGGAGUCACGGUUGGUUCAGUCUCUUGUUCACCUCAUGGACUCUUCCACUCCCAAAGUUCAGUGCCAAGCCGCCCUUGCACUUCGAAACCUCGCUUCCGACGAGAAAUACCAGCUGGAGAUUGUUCGUGCAAAGGGCCUUCCGCCACUCCUGCGCCUGUUGCAGUCCUCAUACCUUCCCCUCAUUCUCUCUGCUGUUGCAUGCAUCCGCAAUAUCUCCAUACAUCCUCUCAACGAGUCGCCUAUCAUCGAUGCAGGCUUCCUUAAGCCGUUAGUAGACCUUCUGGGUUCGACAGACAACGAAGAGAUACAAUGCCACGCCAUUUCUACACUUCGCAACCUUGCCGCAAGCUCUGAUCGCAACAAGGAGCUUGUUCUGCAGGCCGGUGCCGUACAGAAAUGCAAAGAUCUGGUCCUUCGGGUUCCUCUGAGUGUGCAAUCUGAAAUGACCGCUGCAAUCGCUGUGCUGGCUCUCAGCGAUGAAUUGAAACCUCAUCUGCUCAACCUAGGUGUCUUCGAUGUGCUAAUCCCCCUUACGAACUCCGAAAGUAUCGAGGUCCAGGGCAACAGUGCUGCUGCCUUGGGCAACCUCUCCUCAAAAGUUGGCGAUUACUCGAUCUUCGUUCGUGACUGGGCUGACCCCAACGGCGGCAUUCACGGUUAUCUCAAAAGGUUCCUUGCAAGCGGCGACCCUACCUUCCAGCACAUUGCCAUCUGGACUCUCCUUCAAUUGCUGGAAUCGGAGGACAAGCGGCUCAUCGGCUACAUAUCCAAAUCCGAAGAUAUUGUACAGAUGGUCAAAACGAUCUCGGACAAGAACAUCGAAUCUGACGAAGAGGAUGGGGAGGAUGGUGAGGCCGAGGUCAUUGCGCUGGCACGGCGAUGUCUCGGUUUACUCGGAAACGGUCCAAAACAGACUCUUGUCGAAGGCUAA